AUGGCAAGUCCAAAUUCUCUUCUUCUUCUUUCAUGGCUUCUUGUUUUUGUCCUCUCAACCGCUUUUGCUCACCCUUUAAAGCUAACUCGAAACAAAACCCUAUCUAGUUACAUUCCAAGAUACCCUAGGCCUAGUAACAAAUUAAUGAACAAAAUAGACUCAUGUUGGAGAUCAAACCCUAAUUGGGCUUCUAACCGGCAAGCGUUGGCGGAUUGCGCUAUAGGGUUCGGGAGCAGUGCAAUGGGAGGUAAAAAUGGUGCAAUUUACGUUGUCACUGAUCCCUCUGACGACCCUAUUAAUCCCAAAUUGGGCACACUCCGAUAUGGUGCAAUCCAGACCAAGCCUCUAUGGAUCAUUUUCCAAAGGGACAUGAGUCUUGUACUCAAGAAUGAGCUUAUGGUGAAUAGUUACAAGACUAUAGAUGGAAGGGGUGCUAGGGUUGAGAUUGCAAAUGGACCAUGUAUCACUAUUGAAGAUGUGAGCCAUGUGAUCAUCCAUGGGAUUAGUGUACAUGAUUGCAAGCCAGGGAAACCGGGCAUGGUCCGGAGCACACCGGAUCAUGUAGGCCACCGAAUUGGAAGUGAUGGAGAUGGUAUAACUAUUUUUGCAUCAACGAAUGUAUGGAUCGAUCAUUGCUAUCUUGCUCGGUGCACCGAUGGUCUCACUGAUGUCAUCCAUGCAUCAAACGGUGUGACCAUCUCUAACAACUACUUCACCGAGCAUGACAAGGUGAUGUUGCUUGGACAUCAAGAUGGCUAUACAGCUGACAAAAUUAUGAAAGUCACGGUCGUUUAUAACCAUUUUGGCCCUAAAUUAGUGCAAAGAAUGCCAAGGGUUCGAUAUGGCUAUGCUCAUGUAGCCAAUAAUAGGUACGAUGAAUGGAUUAUGUACGCCAUUGGCGGGAGUUCAGACCCAACCAUAUUUAGUGAAGGCAAUUAUUUUGUAGCAUCAAACGAUCCAUACGGCGCCAAAGAGAUUACAAAGAGAGAGACGCAUGAGGGAAAGGGCUAUUGGAAGAACUGGAAAUGGAGAUCUUCAAAGGAUGUAUUUAUUAAUGGAGCUUAUUUUGUUCAAUCAGGCUGGGGAUAUUCAUCUCCCCUUUACUUCAACUCCCAAUCCUUUGAUGCUGAUGCAGGAUCAUUGGUUCCUGCUUUGACUUCUGAUGCUGGUCCUCUACAGUGUUAUGUUCAUCAACUAUGCUGA